GACGAAGACGAAGACGACGAUAAGAGCUAUCUUAUCGACUUUGACACGAGGGAAGAGUAUAAGAUGGUUUUGGUUAUAAGAUCAGAUUUGGGCAUGGGUAAAGGCAAGGCUGCCGCACAAUGCUGUCAUGCCACGCUUGCCAAUUAUAAAGAUCUGCUAAGGACGAGCCCCAUGACAUUGAGGGCUUGGGAGGCACGCGGGCAGGCAAAGGUCACCCUCAAGAUUGACAGUGAGGAGGAGAUGGUGCAGCUUCGGGCUCAAGCACGGAGUAUUGGAUUGGCUGCAAAUUGUAUUCGAGAUGCUGGAAGGACGCAGAUCGCGGCUGGAUCAAUGACCGUACUCGCAAUCGGCCCAGGCCCCGUCAGUCGCGUCAAUAGUGUGACAGGGAAGCUUAAACUUUACUAA